CUGGUUUAAAAAAAAGGGAGAGGAUCCUGGCGAAAGGCAAGUGGUUCUAAUGGCUUCAACAUGCGGUAACUGCCCAAGGAGACGAAUCUCGAAACUUCCGACAAAGGUUUAAGCCUAUAAAAGAGAGUGAGGUUCUCAGUAAGAAAGGGGGGAUUCUUUUCGUUGGGAGGAGCAAGGAAAGAAAGAAACAGAAAGGGGAUUUUCUGGUUUCAGAGAAAAGGAAGAAAACAAGAAGGAGGUUGCCGGUGAGAACAAAGUUUAGGGGGAGGGAUCUCUCGCCAGGUGAGGAGAAAAUAAAGCAAGAAAAAAGAAGAAACGCAAGGGGGGAGGAGACCUGAUUUUUGCUGGCUGGGAAGAGAAACCUAGAGAGGAUUUCGGAGCAAGAAAAUAGGAAGAAAAGAGAGAGGAAGGAGGGGCAUUCCCCGGUCUCAACUAGAAGAAAGAAAACGCAAGAGAGGGAGAGAAGGUUUUCAGAAGGGGAAAUCGCAGGGAGAAAAGGAAAGAGAAAGAAAAAGAAAAAGAAGAAAAAAAACGCUGGAGAAGGGUUGCGGGUUUGGAGCAAGAAGAAGGAAAGGAAAAAGAAAAAAGAAGGAUCAAGGGUUUCAGCAGGAAGGAAAUGAAGAAGAAGAGAACGAUUUUGGGAAAAGAAAGGUCUACUGGUUGCUGGUUCUGAUUUUUUAUUUUUUAGCUUUUCUUUCUUCCCUUAUUAUGAGUUGCAGAGAAGUGAGAGAGUGAGAUGAGGAAUGGCAGAGAGAUUUUGGGAAAGAAAGGGAAGUGAGGUCUGAGCGAGUUUCAUUUCUUGGGUGGGAGUUACAAGGCUGAAAUUCCACAGUUACAGGCGCAAGAGAGGUUGUCCAAGCUGGGAUUGAGUGAUUUCUGCUUGGGAGCAGAUCGAAAACCAUACAAGGAUUGAUUGACCUCUUUCUUUUAAUUCAUCUGGAUUUCACUGUCGCAGAGGUUCUUGGCUGCUGCUGGUCCUCCGGCAAAAUAGGACCUCUCAAAUGACUGCUUGCUUGGGCUUGAAAGAUAAGCUCUUGUGGCCUGGAUCUGGAGCUGGGCCUGGGCUUUGAUAAAGGGCUAUAGCUUGAGCCAAUCGAUGGCUGCGGCAUUGUAGAGAAUUGAAUAAGAAAGAGAGAGCUUAAUCAGUGACUCCAACAAACACCAACAACAAUGACAUCGUCUCCGUCCUCGAUUGCUCUGAAAGACAUGGUCCCUGCAGCAGAGAAUAACAUAAACACAAGAUUUAUAUUGCUGGAGAAACGCAACCCAUCAACAAGAAGCAUGGAAACUCAAGGAAAGCAAAACAGACCAUGCUUGGCGCUAGUGGCUGACGAGACAGCAGCGGUUCACUUCCAGCUAUGGGGAGAAGAGUGCGACGCCUUUGAAGCAGGAGACAUCAUCCGCUUGAGCAACGGCAUCUUCUCAUACGAUCGGAGUAAGCAAGUGGUGCUGAGAGCUGGGAAGAGGGGAAAGGCGGAGAAGGUUGGAGAGUUCACUUUGGCAUUCGUGGAGACCCCCAACAUGAGUGAGAUACGUUGGUGUCCCGAUCCCAAUAAUCCUAAGCGUUUAGUGCAGGAGACUGUGAUCUCUCCCUACUCACGUAUUUUCCCGCCACACUAAUCACCCAGUCCAAUUUGUUGCAUCUUGCAUUUUGUACCUGGUUAUAUCUUUGAUGAUUUCUAAGGUUUUUCUGUUAUAAUUUUGUGUA